AAUUUGGUUACUGUCAGUAACAAUCUCAAUCUGUCAUAUCGAGGGACGUUUUCUUUUAUUUGCUUUAUUUGCAAUAAAUAACGCAGAGCAAAGCACAAAAUUGUGAUCGCUAAUUACCUCCAUCGCUGUGGGGGCGCAUUUCGUGCGGUAUAACAUUUACGUCAGUGCAGCGUUUGUCUGGCGCUCAUCUAGGCGUUUGUCACAGGUGACAGACAGAAUUACCGCCAUAAGUUGUAUAAUUAUCAACGUUAAUUAUGCAUUAAAAACAAGGAGACACCACGUAUCAAGAGAUUUAAUUGUGGAAUUUCACGGACUUUUAUUGAGAAUCGGGAUUCGCCAUGGCCGUCAAACAUGGUUGUCGUGAUUCGGCGGAUGAGUCGAGGUUGAACAAUAUAAAACGCGUGCUGGAAACCAUCGAGCAACAAAAACAAUGCUCCGGCGCGCAGGAGCGCCUGGCUCUGUGCGGCAAGAUCGUCGUCAACCUCGGCAUGGUGGCGGUGCCGAACAACCCCGUCGAGUACAAGACUUACAUGGAGCACAUCGACAAGCUGAAGGACAUACUCAUCAGCACCAUCGUCAGCCAGGAGAUGAUUUUUGCGACAUUGCAUGCGUUUUACACCGAGAUUUCCAACCCGGACAAGCAUCCAUCGCCCACCAUGUCUAUUGUGCUGUUCCUGAUCGAUCGCCAGCACAUUCCCAAAGCCGUGCAGGUUAUCUUGCAUCCCGGUUAUCACCAGGAGGCGCGUCUAGAACAGGCGUUGCACACUCUGUGCACUUGGUUAUCCAAAUGGACGCUGACGCCCAAUUUAGGUCCGUUGGUGUCCGAACUAAUGCGCGGCUUGGAAACAGAACAGCAUCAUGAUAUCCUCGUCAACAUCACAUUGCAGCACAUGGUGCGCUUAUUUCCGCUGCCCAUCCUUAAGGAAUCACGUGAGUCUAUUGGUCCGGUGGUGUUACAGAUGCUCGGUUGUAUGCAGCCGAGCCCCGAGGCGUUUCACAAGAUCAUACCACUUGUACCGACAGUACUAGAACAACUGGCCAAAGAAAAUAGCAUCUCAAGCCUGGAAUAUCAGCAGAAGCUAAUGAAUUUAUGCAAAGCGCUGGCAGGAUACUUUCGUGAUUACCCGAUCAACGAGGAACUGAAACAGACGCUUGAGAAAUACGACAAUUCGAUGAGCAGUACAUCGAUUUUAUACAAGUCUUGGCCAGAAAGUGCCAACACCACUGUACUGUCCAAUUAUCUUCCCGGAAAGGUUGGGUUGAAUAAUUUAGGCAAUACUUGUUACAUGAACAGCGUACUGCAGGCGCUCUUUAUGACGAAAACAUUUCGCAACGAUGUGCUGCAGAGCGUGGUCGCGGGAAUGCCAGUUUAUCAAAAACUGCAAUCGCUUUUUGCAUUGCUGCAGUUUUCCGAACGUCUUUCAUUGUCGCCAAGUGAUAUUGCUAAUAUUGCCCGGCCGCCCGGUUUUCAACCAGGUCAUCAGCACGAUAGUUCGGAAUUUUUGGGGUACCUGCUAGAUAUUUUACACGAGCAGGAAAGUUCGGUUAUGGGAAGUCACAGCAAGCACGAUGAAGGUCCUUCAACACCAGGUGCUUCUACAGUAGUAAAGUGUUCAUUUGGCGGUAAAAGCCUCACGCUGUCCGUAUGCAACCAAUGUAGCGGGAAGAGCGAACGUAUUGAUACGUUCCGCGACUUGCAACUUUCUUUUCCCAGCACAACCGACAACCAGUCGGUGCAGAGAUUGGUCGAUUACUACCUCCAGCCCGAGAGGCUCAGCGGCGACAACCAGUACCAUUGCGACCAAUGCAAAGGCCUUACGGACGGUGAGCGCGUUACGCGUAUUAUCGAACCCCCACAGCGGCUGCUGCUUACCCUCAAGCACUUCCGGUACGACCCCGCCACGCAGCUUCGCACCAAGAUACUACAACGCGUGCAACUUGACAACAACAUUCAACUGGAGAAUCACCAGUAUCAAUUAUACGCUGCAGUUGUGCACGCCGGUUCCAGUGUCGAUUCGGGUCAUUAUUACACCUACGCCAGGGAGGACGACGAGUGGUACCAGUUCAACGACUGCUUUGUUAACAAAAGCAGUGCCGUAGAGCUCUGCGGGCUGCGACCUCCUGAAGCGCCUUACAUCUUAUUUUACCGUCGUGCAGAUUGCACUGACCCAGAGACUCUAGAAAGGCACGACCUAUCGCAGGAACUGCUUGCCGUUAUAAUGCGCGACGCCGUCGAAUUUGAUUCGGAGAAACUGCGCUCACAGCAGGCUGUCGGCAAGUUAGGUGUGGAUCGUAAUCGGCAGAAUCGGAAUGACGAUCCACCGCCUCCCGGCUGCGGUGGCGGAGGGUUUAUGGACACGUCUAUCAAUCGAUUUGUAUGUUAAGCAAAUUCUAAUUAUUGCACUGCGUGCCGCGCGCGGUGCACAAUAUAGGAAUGGUUGAUUCACAUUUUGUUGCUUUGAAUAUAAAUUAUUUAAUAUGAUAAUAUUGUUAUUAUACAUUAAAAAUAAUUGUAUAUUGUAAAUAUAUUCAACUAACGUUCUACUUGAUUUCGAGACAGUCUGAUUGUCGAGAUUUGCCGGAGCGACUAUCAUGUGAUGUGUUGGAAGACUUGUUAAACUCUGAGAUGCCAAGUGAACGUUAUUGACUGAUUGCAAUCAUUUAUUUGUAAAGACCUUCAAGUGUCGAGCGAAACAGUUAUGUAAGAAGAAUGAAAGAUUGUACUUAACUACUAGCGCACUAAGAAAUCGUGAGGGAGAAUGGAUUAUUUUAUUGACAUAGAUAUAAUUUAGUUUUCAAUCUGGAUCGUUUACCUUUCAAUACAAACAUUUUAUUAAUGCGA